AAAAAAAAAUAAUAAAACAAAUGAAAUGUAAUCUUCACCGUUUGUAAUUGUCCGAAUCAGCUAAUUUUGACCGUUGGAUACUAAGAAAACAUCAAAAAUUAAAGUCCCCAUUUCCACGACUCGCACCAAAAUUUCAUUUUCUCCUCUUUCUUUGCUUGGCUCUACGACACAGACCACCAUGGGCAUGGAAGCUCCCCCCCAUCACAACACAUUCCUCUACCUUCACCAAUGUCAUGGCACGUGACAUGUCCCUUCAAUCACGUGACUUGUCCCUCCAAUUCGAAAAUCAUUGCAAAACGCUUCAUUAGCCAUCGCCAUCAAUGUGGGCUUUCACCCCAUCGUUUUCGUGACGCUAGCUUCUGUGCUCAACUCGCUAUGCUUUAUCAGAUCUGACUCUCUUCUCUAUCUUCCAGUUAUGGAGUCAGGUUUAGCUUUCUCUAUCUCCCUUUUGUAAUAAAUUACCUGUCAUAUUAGUUAGACGUAUAGAAUUUGUUGUUUCAUUCGUAACGAAAAUGGAGAUUUCUGCUGAAAAUUCUCCAAGAUUGAGGUUAGAUCAUUUGAGAAAAGAUGUUUCACAAGAAACGCAUUUGCGAGGAUUCCAGUUGGAACCAUACGAUCCCGAAAAUGGAUCCAAUCAUGCGUUUCGUUCCAUGAACGCAUUGGAGAUCUUGAGGGAAACUGUACGGAUACUCAGGUACAAUUCGUGGGGGUUCAUGGCUAUAGCCGCCUUGCUGAUUUGCCCAAUAUCGGCUGUGGUUCUGUCGAACAUCUUAAUCGAUCAAUCACUUGUGAAGAGGCUGACUAUCAGGCUUUUAUUGAUUGCCAAGUCGAGCGGGCUCCCAUUGAGGCCUUUCAUCAAACAGUCGGGUCAGCAUUUUGCUGAGAUGGCUGUCUCGUCGUUUAUGUGCUUUCCCUUGUUCAUAACAUUGUCUUUGUUAUCAAAGGCUGCUGUUGUUUAUUCAGUGGACUGUAGCUAUUCAAGGAAGCAAUUUGAUUCGUCCAAGCUCUAUGCAAUCAUUUGCAAGAUUUGGAAGCGACUUGUUUCGACUUAUGUGUGGGUUUGUAUGGUCAUUGUGGGUUGUGUUACCUUGUUCUUUCUUUUACUUGCUGGUGUCUGCAAUAUAUUUUCCAUUAUUGGAUCUUCCUCUAGCAUCAUAGUGUAUGCUGCAGUAGUAGUUGGGCUUGUUUUCUCAGUCAUUUUUGCCAAUGCCUUUGUUAUUUGUGAUAUUGCAAUUGUGAUAUCUGUACUGGAGGAUGUCUCGGGACCAGAGGCUUUGUUGAGGUCAUGUGUAUUGAUCAAGGGUCAAACUCAUGUGGGUCUACUUAUAUUUCUUGGAUCGACCGUUGGGAUGGCUUUUGUGAAGGGAUUAUUCGAGCACAGAGUGAAGACUUUGAGCUAUGGAGAUGGAUCGUCAAGGUUAUGGGAAGGACCCCUUUUGGUGCUUAUGUAUUCCUUCGUAGUGCUUAUCGAUUCCAUGAUGAGUGCUGUUUUCUAUUAUAGCUGCAGAUCCUCAAGUAUGGAAAUGUCAGGUGCUGAAACCCAGCCAAUUUUGGACUCUGUGAUUGUUUCUGAUGAACCAACAAGCGUUCAAUGACACCAAUUUGUGAAUUUGCUGCCGUAUUGAAAUCUAUUUGCUAUGAGCAAGGGUAUCAUGGCUAGUCACAGUAACUGAUGAAAAAGAGUUCUGGUACAUACAAGCAUACGACUCUUAAAUUGCUUAGAGGGUUCUUUAACUGUUUGCUAGAUGCUUUAUUUGAGUGCAUUGCUCAAUUAGUCAGAUAUGAGGAAUUAGAAUACAAAAGAAAAUGUUUGAACUUUUGAUAUAAUCUGCAAAGUUGUGGAAAAUAUAAUCCCUGAUGAAAAGGCUAGAUUGUUGUGCAAGUACAGUUUUUUCCAAGUGUUGUGUAUCUUGUUCACUAUCAGUAUCAGCAUUAUUUCUUCAAAACAAAAAAAAAAGGAAAAAACCUCAGACGAAUGGUACCUAUGAAACAAAUGAUGCUGGUUUUUGGUAAAUGUGGGAAGAAAGAUCUCCAAUUGUCUUCAUUUUUGGACUUGUUUCGUUGGGAAUGAUUUGAUGUUCCUCUAGUUUUUUCAAGUUAAAGCCAGUAGUGAAUUUCUCUAGACAUAGCAUAAAGAGUAAAAUGCUUUGUUCGAA